GGUGUAUGCGACAAUGAGGAAUUUGAAGUCAAAGUCCAACCUGGACAAAGAAGCAGGGAACACCUUGAACAAGACACUCUUCAUCCGGGAACUUGACGUGACCAAGGACCCCACUAUCAAAUCGGUGGUAGACGAGAUUCUGCGAGACAACGGGAGAAUCGACGUUCUCAUAAACAACGCUGGCUACAUGUCCUUAGAUGCCAUAGACCAGAAGUCGUUAGAAUGGUGCCAAGGUAUGAUGGAUACCAACUACUGGGGAGUAGUAAGAACAACCAAUGCCGUGUUACCAGCGAUGAAGAAGCAGAUGUCAGGCAGGAUCAUAAACGUUUCCAGUAUAGCAGGCGUGCUAGCUCUUCCUUUUUAUGCUACCUACUCUGCUACCAAGUUCGCCAUUGAAGGAUACUCCGAGUCCAUUGCCCCGGUGUUGAGAGAUGGAUACAAUAUCAGGGUGAGCAUGGUUGAACCGGGGCCAGUCAAGACAGAGCUUACCAACAUGGUCUUUGGUACACCGUUCGAAGAACAAGCCAAAGAUUUUGACCCCAUCUUGCGAGAUUUAGUCGUCACAAAUUUGAAGCCCAAGGCGGCUGGGUUGUCUUCGGUACUUCAAGGCGCCGAUGAAAUAGCCAAGCUCCACAUGGAUAUCAUUCUGAGUGACAAUCCUCACCUGCGCUAUCAGACGUCCGAAAACUUGACGAAAAGGGCGGUCAUGAAGCUUCGUGAUCCGACCACGGAUUUUCUCCUCGAUAUGCUCAAACAAAGCGGUAACGCUUCCCCUGCAGAGUAGCGUCAUGUAGUAAAGUAAACUCGCGCCAUUGGAGGGGCCUCCGUGAACGUUCAGUGAUAGCGUGUUUGGACUCGACAAUAAUUUGAUAAUUUUCAUAACCUGUAAAAGGCUAGAGAGGUAUCUUUGGAUCUUAUAUGAUUACAAUUAACACUAUUUCUUGAUUUAUAACCAUUGCCUGCUUGUUUGGUGGAAGUGCAUUGUUUCAUUGUGAUUAAAUCAAUCAAAUACUGAUUGAUUUUGAUCAAGACCAGUUGGUUCAGAGUUAAACCAAAUGGUUCUUCUCAGAACCACACAACUCACAAAGAGAUAUCAUUCACAUGCUGUUACCGCAAACCUCCCAUUUAUUAGGUACUGAUUGCAUCUGUAUUCCAAGCUCGUAUUGUAUUUAGUAUUCUUUUGACAACUUCUUUUUUUGUUGAAGAUCCUCAAAAGUCUUUCAGCAAAGAGAUUGUUUCUUAUUUUCAAACCAAUCUGAUUUUCACCGAUAUUAAUUAUAGUCUAGGCUUAUGGUUCACUGCUUGUAUUUUAUAAGCAGGGGACCUGAACAUCCUGAGAGAUAUAUUUCUAUGUCCAAAUGCGGUAGUUGUUUUUUGGAGAUCCUCAAAUGUCUUUCAGCAAAGAUAUCGUUCUUUUAGUUAUAUUCAUUAAAAAUCUUAGCUUAACAAAUAUUAAUGAUA